GCGCCAUGGUCAGCCGCAGAAAGAAGCAGAAGAAGGCGCAGUCGCGGACUGUCGACUUUAAGAAACGGAAGGAUGGAGUGGGCAAGACAAAAAAAGGCAAGAGAACCAGACGGACACUCGGUUUAAGGCCAAGACGCUGGUCAUGCCAUCGCAGAUGACCCAGUACGGUGAGGCCUCGCUCGAGGCGCGGACGUCACUGGCCCACGGCGCGUCUACCAACGAGACCAUGACCGAUGUGGCGAGCGCGUUCACCUCGCGCGGGCUGGUCCUUCCUGAGCUGCUGAGCCAAGUCAAGCACUUUAACGCCCGCAUGCGAUCGUCGGCACUCGAGGGCAUCACCGAGCUGGUGGUCAAGUAUCCGGCCAUGGUGGCGUACAACAUCCGACUCACGGUUCUCGGCGUGCUAGAGACGCUGCUAGACGUCGACUCUGGGGUCCGAGCUGCAGUUCGCAACCUGCUUGCCAAGCUCUUCCACGGCAUGGCGAUCGGGCGCGGAGGGAGUAGCCUCGCCGUCUUUGCGCCGUACGUGGCGCACCUGGUCCUGUACAUCUCGUCGGGUAUGUCGCACCUCGAAGACUCGGUCCGGCUUGAUGCAGUCCGCUCGCUUGACCUUGUUGUCACCUACUUUCCGUGGCGCAUUGCCGCAUCGGCACCGGCGCUCCUCGACUCGCUGCUGUACAUUGCGACCGGGACCCACGUAGCGAGCUCGGGAAAAGGCCCGGCGCUGACGCUGACCGGCACGCCAUCGGGCGUGGCAAGCUCGUCGUCAGGGCGCGCGGCGGUGCUCAACGCGCUUGAGACUCUCGUUGUCCUCGCCUUUGCGCCGCAGACGUGGCGCGCGACGUUUUCGGCGCGCGACGGGCAUGUGCCUGACGGUGUGGCCGACGUCGGCGCCGCCGCUGCCGAUGCUGCUCUGACUCACGUUCCGUGGAACAGCCCGCGACUUUACAUGCAGACCGGAUGGGUGCGGCUCGCGCAGCCGCGGCCGGUCUCGGCGCCGGUCUCGGAGCCGCUGUUCGCGCCGCCGCUGGCGCAAGCCGCAGCCACCACGCGCAAGGGCGUGUCCGGCGGGUCGUCCGAGGCCGCGGCGAGCCUCACCGCGCUCGACGUUCUCGACCGCAUUGCCGCGCUGAUGCUGGAGUGCUGGAUCGAGUCGGACCCGUCUUCGCGGCUGUCGCUGGCGCGGGCAUCGGCGCUGCUCUCGGUUGUCCGCGUGCUCUCGACCCUGGUCGGCGCCGUAAUCGAGGCCGGCCUGGUCCUGCCGGCUCGCCUUGCUACCGUCGUUCGCGACCAUACGACCAACCACUACCUGGCGGCGUUUCCGGUGUCGUCGCCGAUCCCGUCCCGGGCCAAUGCCAAGCAGGCCGCACUCGCUCGUUCGCUGGGCGAGACCGUCACCUCGCUCAACGUGGCGCUGUGCUCGCUCGCGGCACAGCUGGCGGCGGCGCCCGUCGAGGCCGGCACGGCGCCGCUGGCGCUGGCAGCGGCGUCGCUGGCGGACAUGACCCCGUUCCUGGCCUCGCUGCUUGUCCCACCGUCCACUGACGCCUUUUCUGGCUCGGAUCCGCUCGCCGCCACCGCUGGUCACCGCCGAGUUCUGCAAGCGCUUCCGGUCUAUGUUGAACUGCUACUUGCCGAUCGCGAGACGACGGCGGCCACGGCGGCGCUGGAGCCGCUUCUCGGAGCCGUCACCGAACUGCUUGCGUCGCAGGUUGUGGUGGCCGACCCGACGGCGACGCUGCUGGUGCUCGACGUGGUGGCAGCUGUGGCGGCGCGCCGCGCCGCGUUUGGCGCGACCGACAAGCGCAAGCCGAGCAAGCGUGAGCGUGCCAUGGGCAAGUUUACCUCGCCGAUCAUUGCCAAGUGGGCGCAGCUCCUGUUCAAGAUCCUUUGGGUGCUCAAGGGUGGCUCGCCGCAGGUCUCGCGCCGGGUUCUUGGCCUUCUUGCCCAGUGGGCGCUCUACGAUCCAGUGAGCUCCGAGCUUGGCAGCGCGUUCCACGCGGUCUCGCGGCUGGUCGGUCCUCUCCUCGCGGUCAAGGUCAAAGGCCAAGUGGUGGGCGGCCCGUUCCUGGCGCUCGACCCGUCGCUGCAGGCCCUCGCGUUGCACCUACUCCUCCGGCUGCAGGCGCUCCCGCAGUCUGUGGUCAAUGCGUGUGCAUACAUCGUCCACGCGCCACAGCUCUCGAUCGUCACGCUCGACACCUUGCUAGAGGUUCUCUUUGCGGCCGUGACCGUCAAGUCCUCGCUCGAGCUCGGCGAGUUUGUCUCGCUUGUUGUCUCUGCCCUUGUCAAGCCGGACGCCGCCUUUGCCGCCGCCAGCGAGCUGGACGAGCACGGCCAGGAGAAGCGGAAGCGCAAGCGUGGUGAUGACGCCCGCAUUCGUGGUGGGCAGAUGGAUCCGGCCGCCGCCGCCUGGGUCGACAAGCUCGCCCGCCUUGACCUCCUUGUCACAUGGACCAUCCGUCUCGACAGCCACAUCGGAGCCGAUGGCGAGGUUCUUUCAGCCGUUGUCGCCGCUGUCUCUUCGCAUCUUGACGCGUCCGACGAGCCCGCCCUGGUGGCACAGCUGGCGCGGCUCCGGCUCGCCGCCACCGCCGCCGCCGCCGAGGUUGCCGCCACCGCCGCCGCCGCCGUCUACGAUCUCGGCUUUGGCACCAACUCGGCACUUGCCUCGAUCCUCCCGGCACAGGUCCUCACCAAGCUCCUCGACGCCAUCGACACUGCAGUCGACACCUUUGGUGACGCCUUUUUCUCUUCUGCCGACCGCAAGGCCUACCUCCAAGCCCGGUCGUUCAUUGCCCGCGGUGGCGCGGCCUGGCGAUGA